CUAUCCCAUCCUCUUUCCAGUGCUGCCUUCAAGUACUCCUUGUAAAGGCCUGUAACCUAGCUGUGCCUGAAUAUCCAUGCUGAUUAACGUUCUUUUAGUGACAAUUGCUAAUUACAUACCUCGCAAUCAACACUGUUAUAUUAUGGGUGAACUGCCUACUUUAAAUAUAGUGGUUUUUUUUAUAAUUAAUUUUAUAAUUAAUUUUGUAUUAUUUGACCCUGGUCUUAGACUUUAUACCAUAGCAGCUCCCUCUGCUGUAUAAAUUGUAAUACUUAUGAAUAGUCAGCCAGCACGGUAGCCAAUUAAUGCAUUCUAUGGCUAAUGUAUUCAAGGGCCUUCAUGAAUAGUAACUACUGACACCAGACAGCACAACACCAAGCUUGUCUGUAACAGAGGCCCCUGCAUUAAAUUAAAUUAAAAAAAAAAAAAAAAAAGCUAUUGCUUUUUACGUGUGGUCCUCAAGAGUGUUUGUUUAUGUGUCAUUGAGCUAUUGAAGUCUAUCUAAGUCUAAGUUGUUUUAUUAUUAUUAUUAUUUAUUUAUUAAAGAUCAUUCAGUAACAUACAGGCAUCAGCCACGUCACAAACAACUGGAAGCAGCAAGAACAAACAAUAGAAAAUAAAUAAAUCCUAGGGGUUAUUUAAUAUAUAACUUAAGAAGGUUAGAUAGUUUUAAGGUACUUCUGUUCGUUCUUUACAGAAUAAAAGAAAAAUUAUGAAUCAUUCUUAAAAGCCAAAGAAUUUACAGAUUAUCACUAUAUUGUUACACAUACAUUACACAUAAAUGUUCAUUUUGUAUAAAAAACUUAAUAAAAUUGUAUUCAGACUCAGGUAUAACGUCAAUUCAUUCAUGCUUUUUGCCCCAAAAUCUCAGUGCGGUUGUAGAAAAAAUGUUCUUCUUGACAAAAUAUACUUCUAAAUUAAACCUAAUUCUUAAAAACUCUUUGUAUGGAUAAACGUGAUGAAUUGUUUUGAAAUGAAUCUCUUUCAUUUUAGGUCACAAAGGAAAUGACAAAUAUCUGGUGCUAACUUCGAAAGUGUCAGUCUUUCCUUUCUGUCCAAGUCUAAGUCAGAGUUGUGAUAUUUCUGUCCGCUCCUGAAGGCAGCACCACGCUUUCCUCUCCUCGCUGGCCCGCCCCCGGAGCCCUCUGAUUGGCCGAGGCUGUAGACUGUCAGUGUGUGGGCGGGGCUUGAGGCCGCUGUGUCUGCUGUGCUGUAGUAGGGGAAGGAAGGACAGCUGCUCUCAGCGGCGGAGGAAGGGACGGGGAGGAGAAAAAAAAAACAAAAAAAAACAAAAAAUAAUACAACUCUACAAUGCGUUAGCGAAGGGCAAUGGCUCUUCUCUUCUAAAUCCCCUCUCCGAAGGUCUUCGAGGACUAAAACAUGGCGUGAGGAAAAAGCCGUGGGGGAAAUUAAAGUGCGAAACUGUCGGGAGUUACUCGUAGCGGCGGACUCUGCUGCCGCUGCCUGGAAGUUUUUCGUUGUUCUCCGGUCCGGGGGCCCCGACGGUGGCGGCGGCGGCGGCGGCGGCGGCGGCGGCUCUCUCCCCCUCCCCGGAGCGGUGUCCCGGUCUGCGCAGCCCCAUGCAAAACCUAACGGCCCCUGGCGGCCCCGGCAACUCCAAUGUCACCUGCUCCUGCAACUGCACCGCUUCCCAGCCACAGGGAAUGGAGAUAUCUGAACUGGAGUUUGUUCAGAUCGUCAUCAUCAUCGUGGUGAUGACGGUGAUGGUGGUGGUGAUCAUCUGCCUGCUCAACCACUACAAGCUCUCCACCUGGUCCUUCAUAACGAGGCAGAGCCAGGCCCGCAGGCACGACCAUGCCCUACAGCAGGACGGUUGUCUGUGGCCUUCAGACAGUGGGUCGCGACAAGGUGCCUCAGAGGUAUUAUACGCUCCCCAGGCCAGGGAUCGCUUCACCGCUCCCUCCUUCAUGCAGCGCGACCGCUUCAGCCGCUUCCAGCCCACCUACCCCUACCUGCAGCACCAGAUCGACCUGCCGCCCACCAUCUCGCUGUCGGACGGCGAGGAGCCGCCUCCGUACCAGGGGCCCUGCACCUUGCAGCUCCGCGACCCCGAGCAGCAGAUGGAGCUCAACCGUGAGUCGGUGAGGGCGCCGCCCAAUCGGACCAUCUACGACAGUGACUUGAUUGACAUGGGAGGAGGCGGGAGCCUGGGAGGGGUGGGGGGAGGAGCGGGGGGCUUGGGCGGAGGCGGCCCGAGGCCGCCCAGCAGUAACUCGGGCAUCAGCGCAGCCAACUCCAGCAGCCACGGGCGCAUGGAGGGCCCUCCGCCAGCGUACAGCGAGGUGAUGGGCCACUACCCCGGCUCGACGUUCUUUCUACACCAGCACAGCAAUAACCAGAGGGUGGGGAGGCCGGGGGGGCCGGGGAGCAGGACGAUCCAGCAGCAGAGCCAAUCAGAAAGCACAAUAGUACCUGCCAAGGCCAAGGAAGGCCAACCAGAGGACCUGGUGUGAAGAAAAGGGGAGGGGGCAGGUUGGGCCACCCACCCCAGAAUGACAACUGUCUCUUGUUUCGGCCCCGAUCACCCGUAAGACGUGGUCUCUCUAUCGCUCUCUCUUUCUCUCUCUCUCUGUCUCUCAUGUCCUCUCCACACUCCCAUGCACAAAUAAAUAUCAACCUUAGCUACAAACAAAACAAGGAAAGAGAAACCAAGAGUCGAUUUAAUUUCCGUUUCUUUCCGACGUUAGUAACUCAGACUGCUGGUGCAGGAUGUAUGCACUGCGCGGAGACUUUUUUUCCUUCGUUUUGAGAAAGAAACACACUGCUAGCACAGAUUGAAACUAUUUUCUCUAUUUGGUCCCCUCGGAUGAUGGUUCUGUCCCCGGGAACUAAGGAGGAUUUAUUUUUUAUUUUUAUUUUUAUUUUUUUCCAUUUCUGUUUUUUUUUUUUUUUUCUUUUUCUUUUUCUUUUUUUUUUUUUUUUGGACCGGGAUCUGUGCACAAAGCGAGAACUGAGAAUCAAGGACAAACGGAGAACACAACAAAACAAGAGACUCACAAAAACCCAAAUCUUAGUGCCAAGGUUCACGAGGAAGCAAAACAAAGGGGGAAAAACUGACUCGUUCUAACAUUCAAAACACACACAAAAAAAAGAAAAGUUAUCUAAAAGUUGCACUAUCUUUUUGUUGUAAAAGAGAAGAGGGAAAUUAUGUUAUGUGAUGAUUAAUAAUGAUGUUUGUUUUUCCUUUUUUUUUCCUUUAUUUUUUUGUCCUUUUCAUGAAUGGACUGAUUGACUGAACUUUGGCUCCAAAGUUGUUUAAACAGUUGAGAAAAAAAACAACAACAAACAAAAGUAUUAUAAGCUUAUGUCCUUCCUUUUUUGAAAAUCGCAAAAGAAAUACUCGUACCCAGCCUACAACAUCUCUGUCUGCUUACACCACAGGCACAGUGAGACUUAGUAAGAGAAUAACCUUGUACUGCUUCAUGUCUUUGUUCACUUCAGCCUUGUGUGGGGAAGAAAUCUGCGUCCUGACCGGCGACUGGGUAGACAUUACAUUUCUCACUUCCUCUGGUAGUUUGUUACAAUGAUUUGGAGGUAGAUUUCCCAAACCAGGAUACGUCCUUAACUCUGCCUGGAAACAUUCAGCGUGACACAAACAUGUUCGAGGGAAGUAUCUGUACGGUUGGAUAUCAAGGAAACCAAGUAAAAUGUAAAACUCCACGACUCCGCAGCUAAAAACAUAUCUGAAGUGUCCGUCUAGACACCUGGUCAGAGCAGAUUCUUCUCUCCUCAAAUCUGUUCCAACCUCUGAGCACCUGACACUUCCUCUUUCCCCGUUUCCUCGCAUUCGAAGCCCCCCUCAGCACCCGCCUCCCUCACACUGCACAUCUCGACAUGCACAGUGCAUUCUGCCAAAAGCCACAUUGAACUCAGACCCCGCUGCCGUGACGACAACACAAAUCAAACAAACAAACAAACAAAAAAAAACGACAAAAAAAAAAAAAACGACGAAAAACAAAGGCUCGGCUCUACAUCUUCACGUCUCUAAAGCCACAAAAUAAGACGACACAAAGUGAAGAUUCCUGUCUGCAUUCGCCAGCACAGCGAUCAGGUUUUAAAUGAAAAAAACUGUCUGUGGUCAAAGGGCUAUGGGAGGGUCCUUUUUGUAAAAGAAACAAAUAACCUUUUUGAAAAUUAAGCCUUUUUCUCUGCUCAUCGUUGCCUUCUCCUCUGCUCUUGCGCUUUUAUCUGUCUCUCUUUCUUGUUUGCGUUCGACGCCAGUGCCCCCCUUCCCCUCCCCUCCCCUCCCCAUCCCUCUCCCCAACCCCAACGCCGCUUCCUCCCAUCCCCGCUUUCAAGCAGUGUCUCUGGUAAACACUGGUCCAUCAUCCCCUCCUUCCAUCCCCGUGCAGAAAAAGUGCGAUCAAAUGAUGCAGAGUCUGCUAAGCCCUUUAAAGUGGAGACUGGAGUGGAGUCCUCGUUCGGCAGCGCGCUCGUGCGGUCCCCUCCUCGCUGUGUACGUGUGUACGCGUGUGUGCAUGUGUUCGUUGGCCAGACCCUUUUAACAACACAGAAAAGCACUUAAUGCCCCUGCAGGAGCGUCGUGUAUGUGCAUGUGUGGUGUAGCCGAGUGAUUUGUUAACCGGCCGCUUUGAGUUUGGAGAUUCAAGGACGUGUUACUUAUUUGACAUUGACCAUAUUAACGCGACAUCAAUUAAGCUUUCAUUGAAAUUCGGCGUCUCUUUUAAAAGCCAGAAACGCACGACGGUCAUUAUCGCGUCGAGAGGUGCGACUUCACGGUGAGCGCUUAAAGGAAGCGCGCGCCACGGUUUUGUCCACCCCGCAGGUUCCAUUGAGCUGCACGCGGAGAACUCCACCUUUUUUGAUUCUAGUCAUACAAUAAAACACCAAGCAGUUUCUUUGAGCAUUGGCCUCAACAUUUUGGCAUCCGCCGCUGGGGAAAAGCAAGAAAAGAAGUUUGUUUUGUAUUUUAUAUUUUCCUUCUUGUCAACAAAUCCCAUAAAAGCGAACGACGUACUUUCAGAUAUUCCCAUCCCGUCUGUCUGAAGACAAACCGUGACUCAAGGUCAGAUCAUUUAUUUUUUUUUCUGGAACUGGUUGCAUGUCCAGGAUUAUCAUUUCAAACCACUUUUUGUGGUGGUUGGUGGUUGGUGUACCCAUUAAAUUUUUAUUUAUUUAUUUUUUAUUUCCACUGUCGGCUUCACAGAAACAUGGAAGCAGCUAUUCCCUAAAACAGCUGUGCGCUACAGCGUCUAGCAAACCGGAGGAAGCAGCAGCGGGAUAGUGAUUCAUGGAGAGGAAAGAGCUUGUUGCCAAGUGCAACACUUUGGCUCAUUGUUGCGUUUUUGGACAAAGGAGAUCUGUCGCUCACAGGAAUAACAUCUGUCCAGCUUUGAUCGCCCCACGACGCUAGUUGGCUUGAUCUGUUGACAAGGAGAAAAAUAUAUAAAAAAAACAUUUAUCACUUCAAGAAAAUGUACACUGACUUCUUUCUCAACACAAAAACAUAAACACAUGUUAUGGAUAUUUUAUCAUAACCUAUAUUCAGUAAUUAUAAAGGGUGAAGUUGCCUGAUGCGGCUUUAAUGAGCGUUUAAAGGUAAUGCUCUUCCAACGGAGGUGAAUUCCAGUAGAAACAUUCAACCAGAAACCAGGAGAUAUUUCCUUAACGCUCGUACAUCCCCCGGCUCCUUGUGCACUCUCAGCCCACGUCUGACUCCAUGUCGUGAAGACGGAGGUUUCGGUCGGCCGGGCCAGAAGCCCUCUGAUCCCGUUGGCGUCGGUGUGUUUGAAUGUAUGCAUGUGUCCCAGUCGUGUGUUUCCAGUCGGUGCGCGUCCAUCUGGCUCUGUCGUUAACGUGUGCAUUUCUACAUCGCUGCUAUUUGCUGUUGCUGCUGCUACUAUUGUUGCUACUGCUGCUUCUCGUGCCCACCCUCACCUCUGAAACCCCCCCACGUCCUCCUGUCCAUCCGGUCCCCUCGACUAAUCCAGACCCAGAAGGAGAUAAAUCUGACCCUCUGCAGUCAAACCCACAAGUGUUGAGACGCGCGAGCCCGUGUUAAAACGUUUUUAAUGCAGAAGAGUUGAAGCGCGUCCACGGCUGCAAGGAUCGUCCCAACACUUUUGGCCUUUGACUGCAAGACCCCGCUUCAAACCCGCAUACCUCCCCCUCUUUUUCUUCCUUCUUUCUGUUGUUUUCUGAGCUUGUCCUGUCUGCGCAGUCAUAGCUUGUAAAUGGAGGAUAUAAAAAUGAACUUUAUGUUUUCUACAAGGAGGUUUGCAUGUUACUAUUAUGUGAGUAAAUAAGGUGCCUAAUGUUCAUGUUUGAGCAGACCACACCUCAGUCAGACUGCUGCUCGGAAUCCGUGCAGGUGCUCUUUCUCGGCGGGGUUUACCACCUGUCUGGCAGGACAGAACAGAAAUACGUGAGGACUGCCAAAAAUGAUCGCUUCUGUCUUUUUUUUUGUAAAAGUCGUGGACAGAGAGGAAUUCGGUAACCUGUCGUAGCCACACUCAACUCUUAUCAGAGAGUCUGGUAACGCUCCACUGGGAUUUCAUUACGGGGUGAGUUUCAGCCACUGCAUAGAAAAAUAACACUUCUGCACGCAAUUGGAUACAAACAACCGAUCGGAGUAACGAAGUACGUGUGGCAUUCUCAACAAAUGCCUUAAUCGCUUGUCAUCUUUUGCUUAAGUUAGUUAUCUACAACGACGUUAGUGGACUGUAAACAGCUCGCUUCUUAGAUGACGUGUGUGACUAUGUAGCUGUUACUCUUCUGUCCAUCACCACUUAAAUCUCACCCAAACGGUUUGAUGAGCCCGACGCGUCUUCGCCAGGGCCGCUCAAAUCGGAGCGUAAUCACUUCCCAACCGAGAGUUCCCAGACCCCGACGUUCGACCGCAAACAAAAUCGUAGGAGGGGGACGUUGAUGUGGCUUCCAGGCAAAGGAAUUCAACAUUUUUGAGCCCCCCUACCACCCCCCAACCCCACCCCCGACCCCACCUCACCCCCUCGUUUGACUGAAUCUGAUCCUGAGAUUUAUUUGAAGUCUCUGUGAAAACUGAAAACUACACACGGGAGCAACGGCGUGCCUGUUUCCAAAAACAAAACAAAAAACAAAAAAAAAAGAAGAACUCGCAGCUCCACCUUGAACAUUUUAGCUUUGCUCACCGGCCAUUGUGCCAGACAGGAGUGGUCCCUCCCAGAGAGGCAACUGAAGCCAUUCCAGGCAGUAAUGUGACCCGCGUGUGGAGCAGACAUAGGAACCCACUUGCACUCAAAAAGCUCCCACCUUUGUUGUGCCUCACUUCCAACGGUGCUUUUUUCAGUAGUCUGUCUUUCUUUAUGUUUGUUUGUAAGGUGCUGUAUAUAACUUGAAUAUAUUAUGCACAUAUCCUACCCAAUGGGUAGAAACCACAAAAAGAUGUUGUGAAUAUUGUAAUAUAAUGUAUAGACAAUAUAAGAAUUUUAAGAAGGCAGCAUCAACUUUGUAAAUGCCUACAGUUAAAAAAAAAACGCGCUUUUGUCUUUUUUUUUUAUGAGAAAACAUGGUUUGCAAAGUAUGCUUAGAAUAUGGUUGCAACACAAAUACAAAUAACUACUUAUAAUAUUUUGCUAUAAAUAAUAUUCUGUUAUGAUAAGGAUGAAAUAACCUCUGGAUUAAGGAUGCUGUUGAGAAAGGAUAUUCUCCCGUUUGGAUUCUUCUGUCACAGUGCCGGCCGUCUUCUCGUAAGGGGCUGGCGGGUGGUUUUCUUUUGACCACGAUUGACUAACAAAUGUAUAGUUCUAUUACACAGAUCCUUUAAGAAAAACGUAUAUCUCUCUCUCUCACACACACACACACACACACAUCAGUCUGUGUUUAUGCCACGACUUCAGCCGGACCAACGGUUGACUUUCAGCUCGCUUUGUAAAUGGUCGAACCGAAAAGCAAGCAAGCAAGCAAGCUGUCUAGUUUGGAAGACGACCACCGCACACGAGAGCGCUUCUUCUGAAGGGGAGAAGGUUCUUCUGUACUCAUCUGUUUUUCAUUUACUUUUCAGCCGUUGUUUUGUAUAUCUGCCAAAGUAUAAAACCUGCUGAGCACACUCGGCACUGCUAUAGGGUCUGGCUGGAUGUUAGACUACGUUAAGAAAGCAUUUCAGCUCAGGAGGAUGGUUGACUUUUUAAUCGCACGGUUGUUGAGCAGGAAAAUAAAUCAAAGGAAAAAAAGAAAUUUAAAAAAAAAGAAGAAAAACAUGGGACAAGAUUGGAGAGUUGCGCCAGUGUGAAACAAGUGGGGGGAAAAAAUGCCGUUAAAACUGUCAUUUAACUUUUCUCUCUUUGUUGUUAUUAUUAUUAUUUUUUUUUAAAUAAUUAUUUUCUACAUUACAAUGUUAUAUGUGGCACAGUAUAUUGAAACAAAAGUCAUGUUUAAUCUGCAGUCAUUUAUUUACAGUAUGUACUGAAAAAUAACUCCACUGUACAAUAACCGCAGAGCAUGUUCAUUCUUAUCUAUAGACGAUGUACAUAGCAAUGCGCCAUUUUCUCUUCAAAGCACCAAAUAAGUGGCAGUUGUGUAGUUUUAAUUUGGGAAGAAGAAAAAAAAAAAACUUCUCUAUUGUAACUUUGGCUGGAGUGCCGCUCGGCUCUCUCCGUCUUAAUUUCCUCUCUUUCGGUUUCCUGCACUAGCUUGAAGAACUAACUUGGGCUCAGACAGAUUCUUUGAUCCCCCCCCCCCCCCCGCAGUGCACUCCUUCUUUCCACUUAUCGGACGUCUGUACUCAACUGCUGACAACAAGUAGCUGUUUUUAUCGUUCCAGAUUUGAAUAAUAACAAUGAUGAUGAUGAUAACAACAAUGAUAACAACUCAACCGUUUGGUAUUCUCUCUGUCUUGACAGUUACCAUAGCACUGCUUCCAUCAUGGGUUUUGUAACAUCAGUUUGCUUUAUUUACAAAAUUAAUCCUUCUCGUUCCCCCUUCCCCCUCUGUGCUGAAAUCUAGAUAUAUAUGGCUGUAUUCAGUAACCAUACAGUGUAUAUAUAUAUAUAUCCAAACACAGAGGUAAAAUUGUUGUGUAUUUUUGCCUCUUUUUAUUUAAGCAAUUGUGAUGUAAUAGGUUUUAGGCCUAAGGUCUGUUAUUGCAAUACUUUUACAGAAAAGAAGAAAAAAAAUCAAAAAAUGUUGCUCUAAGUGCUGUUGUAGUCAAAGAUUUUAUGCUUGUACUUAUGCUGUAGUCAAACUGCAGCGUAAUGAAUAAAACUUUAAAAGUGA